GUAACAUUCUCAGUCAGCCACCAUUUUGUUAGCUGCUUUUUCUUUUUUCAAAUAAUUUAGCUUCCCGCCUGAAUAAUGAAUUUACUUUUUCUUAGUAAUGGCAAUAAUGUUAAAACCAACGCGUCGACAGGAUCGGGUUAAGAAAAUCGAGGUUUUACGACAGAACGCGGUGGAUAUUUUUAGGCGGCGCCAAGCGUAGUGGCUGUCCGUGUCUCUAUGGUCUGCCGGGCCGGUUCGCUGCGCAGGUUUGGAACGCGCGCCAUUUUGUGAAAUUUACAAAAAAUCCUGUCCAGGGAAACAAGGUAUAUAACUAUAAGGCUUAUUAUCAAAAAUCUGUUUUGGAGGCUGUAUAUUAUUGGAGACCGGAGUCGCCGAGAGUUAAAAAAUUGUGUGGUUACAUCUGAAUGUAUGUUUCUUCAGGCUUAGAUCGAAUAACUUUGUGUUUAGCCAGCUAGCUGGCUAGUUGACGGAGAGGCGCUGUUGAUUUGGAAACUGAAUUGACACCGAGUCAGAGGAGUGAGGGUUGUUGGUUGGGAAAUCUGGGGGGCUCCUUGGAGAAGAGAAGCUGGAUCCCUUACUUCGACCUACGGGUUCCAGGACUUUAAAUGAAGAUCGUUUUUUACAAAUAGAAAAAGUGAAACAUACCGACACAGAUCCACACCAAUGAUUGUGCUGGCUAUAGACAAACUAGAGCACCCAACAGUGAGAGACUCUGUUGUAAAGGAAGGGGUAUUUUCACCCGGAAACCACUUGCAAGUUGGCUUAGUGGGUUGUGGUUUGCUGCUGGACUCUCCUCCCAGGAUGAUAUGAGAUUUAACAGGAGACGAUGCAUACAGGUCUGAUUGAUGCCAGUGCUGAGAGCAGGAGGAGAGACUUCAGCAUGCAAACCUUCAUCCGUCCGGCUCGCACCCUCGUUUUCUUUCCAUGCUGCUGGGCUCCAGAUGGCCACUCAGAUGCCCCACUCGCAGCAGCAGUACAGUGACCGUCACCAGCAGAGCACGGACCAGUCGGUCUCCGCGCUGCCGUACAGCGAACAGGCGCAGCAGCCCGUGGCCAACCAGGUGACCCCUGAUGUUGUCAUGUUACAGAGGCGCAUGCCCCAAUCCUUUCGCGACUCGGCCUCCGCUCCCUUGAGGAAGCUCUCCAUUGACCUGAUCAAAACCUACAAACACAUCAAUGAGGUAUACUAUGCAAAAAAGAAACGAAGACACCAACAGGGCCAAGGCGAUGACUCGAGCCACAAGAAAGAGAGGAAGGUGUACAACGAUGGCUACGACGACGACAACUACGACUACAUUGUUAAAAAUGGCGAGAAGUGGAUGGACCGCUAUGAAAUUGAUUCCUUAAUAGGAAAAGGGUCAUUUGGACAGGUUGUAAAAGCGUACGACCGCGUCGAGCAGGAGUGGGUGGCAAUUAAGAUCAUCAAGAACAAGAAGGCUUUUCUAAAUCAAGCCCAGAUUGAAGUGCGUCUCCUCGAGCUCAUGAACAAACAUGACACGGAGAUGAAGUACUACAUAGUUCACUUGAAGCGUCACUUCAUGUUCCGGAACCACCUCUGUCUAGUGUUCGAAAUGCUGUCGUACAACCUGUACGACCUGCUGCGGAAUACCAAUUUCCGAGGCGUGUCGCUGAACCUGACGCGCAAGUUCGCCCAGCAGAUGUGCACGGCGCUGCUGUUCCUGGCCACGCCCGAGCUCAGCAUCAUCCACUGUGACCUGAAGCCCGAGAACAUCCUCCUGUGCAACCCCAAGAGAAGCGCCAUCAAGAUCGUCGACUUCGGGAGCUCCUGCCAGCUGGGGCAAAGGAUAUACCAGUACAUUCAGAGCCGCUUCUACCGCUCCCCUGAAGUGCUGCUGGGAAUGCCUUACGACCUGGCCAUCGACAUGUGGUCCCUGGGCUGCAUUCUGGUGGAGAUGCACACCGGCGAGCCCCUGUUCAGCGGAGCCAAUGAGGUGGAUCAGAUGAAUAAAAUAGUUGAAGUGCUUGGUAUCCCGCCCAGUCACAUACUGGAUCAGGCGCCAAAAGCCAGGAAGUUCUUUGAGAAAAUGUCUGACAGCACGUGGAGUGCAAAGAAGACCAAAGAUGGCAAAAGGUAUAAGCCUCCGGGCUCCCGGAAGCUCCACACCAUCCUGGGGGUGGAGUCAGGCGGCCCUGGGGGGCGACGGGCUGGGGAAUCGGGCCACGCCGUACCCGACUACUUGAAGUUCAAGGACCUCAUCUUAAGAAUGCUGGACUACGACCCCAAGGGCCGCAUCCAGCCGUACUACGCCCUGCAGCACAGCUUCUUCAAGAAGACGGCGGACGAGGGGACCAACACGAGCAGCAGCGUGUCCACCAGCCCCGCGCUGGAGCAGUCUCAGUCCUCGGGAACCACGUCCAGCACGUCCUCCAGCUCAGGGGGUUCGUCCGGGACGAGCACCAGCGGCCGAGCGAGGUCCGACCCGACCCAUCAGCACAGGCACAGCGGCGGGCACUUCAGUGCGGCGGUGCAGGCCAUGGACUGCGAAAACGUGUGUGCACAGGUGAGGCAGCCCUACCCCCCGCCUGUGGGCUGGGCGGGCAGCGACGGGCCUCAGCAGGUGACGGUGGAGACCCACCCCGUCCAGGAGACCACCUUCCACGUGCCUCCUCAGCAGCCCAAGGCCUUGCACCCCCUCGCCGGCAGCAACAGCUCCCACCACCACCAUCACCACCACCACCAUCACCACCACGGACAGGGCCAGCCCGCGCGGCCCCGCCCACGGCUCUACAACUCCCCCACCAACAGCGCCUCCACGCAGGAUUCCAUGGAGGUGGUCCACGGCCACCUGUCCAUGACCUCCCUGUCUUCCUCCGCCUCAUCGUCCUCCACAUCUUCCUCCUCCACCGGGAACCAGGGCAACCAGGCCUACCAGAACCGCCCGGUCGCUGCCAACGCCUUGGACUUUGGCCAAAACGGCAGCAUGAACAUGGGAUUGGGUGCCUUCUCGAAUCCCCGCCAAGAGACUGGCAUAGCUGGACAUCCUACGUACCCUAUUGCCACGAACACGGGGCCUGGUCAUUAUAUAACGGAGGGCCACUUGGGCAUGAGACAGGGGAUCGACCGGGAGGAGUCUCCCAUGGCCGGAGUGUGUGUUCAGCAGAGUUCUGUGGCUAGUUCGUGACUAAACUGAGAAUGGGUUUUUUUUUCUGUGUGUAUUUUUUAAGGUGGUGUUUUUAAAAAAAUAAAAUAAAAGUGCAUAGAGAUCAAAAGCUGCUUAAAUCAGAAGGGAGAUUAUCACUGAACCGCUACCACAGUGCAGAGUCCAGAUUUUAUCUGUCUCCUCCCCACCCUGCCCUUGUCUCCCUUUUUAUUUUCUUUCCUUCAUUUUAAUCGGUCAUAGGCAUGAUAGAACCACAGAUUGGGUAUGUAAAAAACGUACGGACACACCUGCAUCCACAUCCACCAUUUCACUUCUGAAAUUUCAUGAGUCGGUUUGAUGUUGCUGUCUGCUUGUGUGCUUUGAAAGUAACGGGCAUCUGUGGGUGAGAGAGAAAUGUCACAUUGUGUUUGCCAGUGGUCACAGGUAAAGAAUCGUUCUUUAUUUUAUUUUUAACCCGUACAGUUUAACCCGCCAAGACGUAAGCACACGUUGCCAUUCUUCUGUCCCAGUUGUCUUUUGAGUUUCGUAAUGCUUUUUUUUUUUUUUUGCUUUCUUAAACAAGUUGUUCUUUACGUUGUGCAAUUUCGCAAAGGGCCGUGUGCUCGGAAGCUGUAGUGUGACUAAAGGGGGGAGAAGCACUUGCAGUGAAGGUUCCGUCUGAUCUAGGUCUUCCUCCCGCCGAUCCCCACUAGGGGGCGGCGAGGCAGGAGGCAGGUGGCGGGCGCUCGGGGCCGGUCGGGAGUGGGGGUGGCGUAGGGGGGGGGGGCUGCAGGCAGGCGUGCACUGUAGGUUAGACGCAGCGGACGCGGGUCCUCCCCCCGUGGGGGACCAGGGGCCCCCGGGACUGAGGAAAUGCACUGAGGAUCAGCCACCAGGUGCGCUCUGCCCAAACGUAGGGACGUCGGGCAGUGACCGUCUUUUCAGAUUAACCCUUUGGCCUUAUGAUUUCUUGGACUCUGAAUGGGGGGGGGGAUGGGGAAAGAAGCUGGACAUUAUCGUUACAAUGAAAAAAAUAGCUUUCCUGUAUUUUUGAAUUCUAGAAGUCUCUUAAUUCUUAACAAAAAAUAGAAAAAAGUAGAAAAAAAGCUUAUUUGAGAAUGGUAAUUUACGAGGCCUUUCUUUAACUAAAAUUUAUGACUUGGGUGGCCCUUUGAUUACAGGGUCUUGUAAGUUCACAUGCGUGUCCUAAACAUGACUUCCUAAAAAUCCCGAAGGUCACAGGAGUAGUGUUGCGUGACGGAUGGAAUUAGCUACGACUGUGUCCCUUCCUGCUUCUUACCGCUUUUCUUUUUUUGCUUUUUUCCUUCAGCAUGUGGUUCAUCCAACAGAGCUUCUGCACAAAUGUCUUCUGUUCAUCUUGAAAAAUGAAAACAUGCAGAAUUUUACGCGACUGCUUUUUUUUGCCUCAAUUAUGCUGUGAAUUUUACAAGAAUUUAUUUUCCCUUUUGAUAAUUUAUUGUACCAAAGCUGUUUUUUUAUAGCACAUAGAUGUCUGUAACCAAUAAUGUAGCAGUUCUGCACUUUGACAUAAGGUGUAUCAAGACCUUUUUUAAAUGUCAGUUUAAAAAAAAAAAUGGCUGUAUCUAUUGCUUUAGCAAAACUGGAACUGUUGUUGAACUCAGUACAUUAACUUAGCUGUAUCCUGGAGAGAAUUGGUUGUAUUUUUUUUUUUUUUUUUGUUCCUUCCAAAAAAACAAAAAACAAACAAGAAUCUCAUUUGUAGAAAUGUAUUUUUUGUUGUUAAGGACUCGUGGGACAGUAGAUGCAGAUACUGGUUGUUACUCUGCAGGUUCCGGAGUACCAGGAAAUGGUGGCUGAUGUUUCAAGGCAAGACCUUGUAUUCAUGAGUUUCAAGCAAGAGGAAGGUGUGAACAACAGUGCAUUAAAUCUUCAAUUUGAUCUGGGUUUUAUCAGGCUAUUUAAAAAAAUAAAAAAAAAAAAAAAAAAAAAAACGCAAACAAAAACGUGCCUAUUUAAAUGGCUAAUGCUGCCUUAAAGUGCUUAUCGCAGCCAACAUGGCAGUGGCUAAAAUGGUACCCCAUCCCAUGAAACGAAGAAGCGACCCAAAUCUAACAAAAGGCACUGUACGCAAAUUGGAAAAAUGGACGAAAGUAGAGAGUAAUCAAAAGUACUGAAAUAAGAAUCGGUUCAGAUCCACAUCUAUGACUGAGGCCCACGACACAGGGACCUUUCAUCCAAAGGGAAACGAGUAGCGACGAUACAGUGAGUUAGCCCUGCCCGCUGGAGGCCCACGCUUCUGCACCCUGGCAUGACGGCAGAGCACCGCGGAGCUGGCGUCCGAAGGGUUAAAGCACGGGCCAGUCACGAGUCAGAGCGGGAACAGCAUCAGUCUAGAGGUGUCCAUGAAAAGCAGGUUUCAGGUGUUUACUUUUCAGACACACACGCACGCACACACACACACAUACGCACACACACACACCCUCCCCCAUUUUAAUAGCUGAAAUAGAAUUUAUGUACAUAUUUAUAUUUUUUUAAUAAAGGAAGUUUAGAACUCACUACUUUUUUCCUAAUGGUAUUUUGAUUACAUUAAGUCAAUGUGGAGAACAUGCAGUGGAAGUCUCUGUGAUUUUAGUCAAUGGGUAACAGUGCUUCCAGGCCAAAGUAGUUGACAAACUGCAGUACAGUACAGUAGGGUUUAAAUUUCAAAACAGGAAAACAGUAGAUCUUCAUACUUUUUAAGUAUUUUAGACAGGGUAUAGUGUGUGGGUGUUUGUCUACGAACCUGGAUGACAGCAGUGUUUUAAUUCUAUAUACAUAUAAAUAUAUAUAAGCAAUUAUAUAUACGUAUUACAGGAAACCUUUUAUUGUUGCGUUUAAUUGGCACAAGCUUCAACAGUGGGUCCAUUUUAAGUCAGGCUAUUAUGUGUGGGUGCACACAACUCUCUACACAAAUAUAAUCUGUGCAUUGUCAACUUUCAAACAUCGAACAUAAUUCCAAAUGUUUUUAUUUCAUUUUAUUUUCCGCCCCCGCCUUUUUGGGAUGUCUACUCCCCCGUCCCCUGUGUCCCCCAGUCCAGUUUUUUGGUGAUUGACUACACGGUUUGGUUACAGGACGUCUGACGUGCACUGUAAAGAGCAGCAGCGUGGUAAAAGGAUGAGUACCUGUGUCCACAGAUUGUAAGAUCUAGUCGAGACUUGCUGUGUAUAUGAUAAUGUUACAAAAAGAAAAAAAUGGACAAGCCCUUUGUAUUAUAUUCAAGCGGUCUUAUGUAUGAUAUAAAAAAAGUUCAUUAACUUGU